GUUUCAGGUUACAGUGUCGGAUUACGGGGCAGCUCUCAACCACUGAGCGAUACAGCGCUAAGAUGCAGUACACGGUAUAGCAGUCCACAGGCGGCAUGGGGCAGGCGGGUAGCGCUCCACACGCGACCCUCCACGCGCGUCGCUCCAAUACACUCCCGCACGAGCCGCCCAGACAUGCUCCUAAGGUGUUGCCGGCCCCUCCGCAGCUAGCUUGUCUCCGAAGUACUGACAAUGGAGCUAUACUGCAUUCAGGAGGAACCAUCAGCGGUCGGAGACCUCUCUCCCUGAUGCAUCCUCAUGACGCAAGCAAGCACACAGGUGUAUAUCGGUCUCGAUCCACUGGGACUGGUGGAGACGGGAAUGAACUUCGAUCCAGGGAACGAGAUCCACUCCACCGGUCACACACAAAUUUGGACUUACGACAGAAUGACGGUACAAGUCUAAACAAAAGAUUCGGAUCAGAACCUGAUCUCCGAAUAGAGGAAGAGCAACAAAAAUCAAAGAACAACAACAAUAAACAUUUCAAAAAGAAAUACCGAGCACCCCCACCUCCUAACACUGAUCAUUUCGAAGGUUCUUCACCGGACUCGAGUGACGUAAACGUGAGAGCGGAACCUCAAAGAAAAUUAAGAUUAUUUAAAACGAGAAGCGAAACCAAAAAGCUUAACGGCCUAGAUAGUAACCUAAAUUAUAGAAUCAACGAAUACAAGUCAUUAGACUUGAGUGACAACCAAUUUGAAAGACGAUACAAGUCACCCCAUAAAGACAAAGAGCCUCACUUCAAAUAUCCUGACAAUAGGGAUAUGCUCCAGAGCUCUGCUUCUCUGAAGAGAGAAGAACGAUUACUCCAAAUUAGACAAGAUUACAAGAAACCCAGAAUAGAUAGGGUGAGUGGAUGCAGAGCGAAGACAUCCAAGACCAAUGAUCACAACGAAGCCUGGAAAACUCCGCUCUUAAGCAGGAACUUUCGACACUCAGAAAGGUUUACAAAAGAUGAAAAUGAUGUACCAGUUCUUAGAAGAGAAAAGACUUUUGAUGAAACCAUCCUAACGAACGAAACAGAUAACGAAUCACCUAAAGCUUUGCACGAAAUGAGAAUGAAAGCUAUCGGGGAACAACUCAAAAGUCAAUUGAGUCCACUGUCACAAAGAAACCAACCACUGAGAAAAUCUCUUCCUUCACUAUUAGUAAAAAAUAAUGAAGAAAAAGAUGAAUUUCAAGCUGAACUUAAAAAAGCAACCAGUAGAAUUAGGAACGACAUAAGCAAUAGAAAUAAUAACGAUAUUAAAGCUAGUCAUAUUGAGAAAUCGGUCAACAAACAGAAAGAACUACCAUCUAACAAAGUCAAAGAAUCUAGUCUUAAUAACAAAAAUAUAGAUUCGAAAAUAAGUAGAAGACCUCUGACCAGAAAUGAGAUUAAACCCAAAGUGAACAGUAACAAUAUUGGUGUCGGUAAAUUUAAUGGCAAAGGCCUUCCUGAUAGAGGACAAGCUUCGGGAAAAGAGUCGACCCCAGAGCAUUCUCCGACACGAAAGACUGAUGCAGCUAAUCAAAAUAAAUCUGAAAAAGACAAGCCACACGCGCCAUCAAAGCAGUUCUACUUCGGAAUGAUUGAGAACAAGAAGACGGAAAAAAAAGACAACCUAAAAGACUUCCCAGGGCUGGGUAGCCCGAUAAUCGAAGAGUUUGCAGACUUCCACCUCAUCGAACAGAAGCUGUUUAACUAUCGCGAUGAAGACGCCGAAAUAGACAAGUUCAAAUCCCAGUUAAAGGAUGAUCGUAAAAUUAUAAAAAAUUUAUCAUCAGAAUCAGCAUUAUCCUCCGACGGCUCUGAAGGUGACGGGUCAGAUGGGUCAUUAGGUAUCGCGGUAAGACUGCGCCCAACGCUACCAAAGAAACAGCCGACGAUGCCCAGGUUCUCGCCUGCCGCUGCCUGGAAACAACUAGCCAGUUUGGACACUCAUUUUGCCGCCGAAUCUCAACCGGUGUCUCUGGCGAUUGAGACGAAAAUGUCCGGGGACGUGUCUGCGGAGUCCUCCCCCCGGUCUGAGCCCUCCGGGGAUAAAUCCGGUGAUUCUGGGAUAUCUGGUGACCACGGACAUAUGGAUAGAAGAAUGGAUUCCCCGCCUAGACAUCAUAACACAGAAGCUGCCCCUACUUGGACUCCUCAGCAGGACCUGGGCGAGAGCAGCUCCGAGGGUGGUCCUCCAGAGCCUGUUCCGGACGCCCCCUCCACGUACCGUCUUGGCACGCAGCCCUUCAGCCUCUCCCUCCCAAGGGACUCUCACGUCACGUUUAAAGCGAUGUCGUGUUUCUACGAAUGCUUCCAGGGCAAACAGAUCCAGCAGGGGUUCAAUAGUCUGCAAAAGUUCAGGAAGUCGGUCACAGGGGCCUUAGGAGCGGCUUUAGGUUCGAGAAGAUUCGAUUUGGAGCACGAACCCAUGCUAGAGGAACCUGAACAGAAUUGGUUCUUGACGAAAUCGGCACCGAAUUCACUGUCAAAUCCUUUGUUGUAUCAGCAACCGAUGAAAGCUAAAGGUUCCGGAGAAGAUGACAUCAAGGAGGAGUCGUCGCCACCAUCAGAAAAGGGCGAUAUAUCACCUUGGAGACCUGGUGCUUCAUACCUAUCGUGGGGCGGUCACGUCAUGUACCUACCUCCACCACCAGCCGCCGAACAGCCUCUAUCUAUGAUUGGACCUAUUGCAAGACCUGUGAGGAGUAAAUCUAGUGGUUGUAUGGAAGCAGCGGCCAGGGCAGCCCGCGGGGGGCUCGGCGGCGAGAUGCGAGAACGAGAAAGAUCUGCGUCGCCCGGGGUAGCACGCGCCCUCCCAGCUAGAGUCGAACCAACCACUAAAUCAUCAAAUCAACAAGGUCGAGCGAAGAGGUUCACCUUCCAAUCUACAGUGCGACAGCUGGAGCGAAAGAAGCUUGCCGAGAAGUUGUCCAAAGAAGCUGACCUCAAGGAGCAACAGAGAAGAACCGAACUGGAGGCCAUGCGGAGGGUAGAAGAAGAGUUCCAACGUAAGCGUGCGAGGGAGAAGGCGAAUAUCAGACAGCAGCUCCGGCUGGUGAGCAGUGGAGCCGCCAGCAUGCCCACCACCACCCCACACUCUAAAGCACGCGACGAGCCGGACGGUUCCUGUCGGGAUUCUCCUGCCGCGGAGAGGUCCCGGGACUCGCGCCAGAGACACAGCAAUGCUUCCUCGGAAAUCAGCGCCAGGAGCAAGAGUACCACUCCCAUCCGUUGCGUGGAGUUGUCGGAAUGGCGCACAGAGCGUGCGGGUCGGGUCUACCGGGACUGGGCCGCCGCGCAGGCGCACGACCACCCGCCCGCCACCGCUCGCAUGCCGAAGUCUACUCAAGCACUCUACAACGCCGCGGAGACGGAGGCGUUCAGUGGCAGCCCGCGCUCCGACAACUACAGACUUGAGUUCGCGCGCGGCCGUUCACCCCGCACGCCCCGCGCCCCCCGCCUCGUCGCCGCCGGCCGCACUCCCUCCUCCUCGGGGUCCGAACUCUCGCUCAGACAACCCAUCAAAAUCAGGUGGUGAUUUUGUGGCCGUUUAGAGCUAAUGUCUAACUAACUCAUACAGCGAUACUACGAAAGAAGAUUCUGAAGAGCCUGCUAUAGUGCCUACGCUUCGUCCAUCGGUGCCCGCGCGAGCCUCUGUCGCUAUCCGCUGAGCACAUACGGCACAAUCAAAAGCCUUGAUGGAAAAAUAAUUCUUAUUUUAAACUUAAAACUUUUAUUGGAAAAUUUAAACUAAAACCGACUUUGUAAUAGUGAAAAAUAAGAGUGUUUUUAGUAGUACAUUUCACAGACGUCAUGAUGUUUCGAGCCAACUUAACUGUCUAUGAGCCAAUUAAAAUAUUCAUGACAAGGAUUAAUUUCGUUGAAUUAUAAAAAAAUAUGCUUUAAUCGGUUUCUUGCGAUUAUAAUUCUGUUAGUAAUUGUAGCAAAGUCAAAUGUAAAAAGAAAAUUAUUUAAAUAGUUAUGUACCUUAGAGACUUAAAAUAUUACUAAAGAAACUCCGACACGCAAAUAAAAAAAGCAAACUGAACAUGAUAUUUGUCAUAGCCACGAAAUGUGUCCAACUAACGAUUUGAGAAUGUUAAACCUGAUAUGAACAAGUCACGCUAUCCUCUGGUCAGCUGUUUGUGUUGCAUAUCUAUCAAAACGUUUUAGUUUUAACUAAAAACACAUUAAGGACAAUUUCUGACGUUUAAUAGUCGAAUACUCUACAGUAUUCUUUUAUAUUCUUUGAAGACAAACGAUUGUUGUCCAAUAAAUUUCACAUAUACGCCCUUAUGGAACCAAUAAGCAAUAGGUUAUCAUAUUAUGUUAUAAUAUGAUCUAUUGUCGUUAUAAAAAAGUGUUUUCAGCAACACUCAUAGUGGGCCUGUUUUAUGCUGAUAUAGGCUACAAAAGUUAAAAACGUUUCCCCGCCAAUUUUUGACACAACGCGUUAAAAUAAAACAUAGCGGUCAAAACCAUAAACAAUAAACGUAAUUGUAUAUUUUAAAAUGUAUGUAAGCGUAUAGUUUUAUAUCUUGAUGUAUUGACUCCGAAGAGUGCUUUAAUGUUAUAAGAAUAUGGUUUUUUAUUAAGGAAAAAUGUAAAGGAAUCUUAAUUUUAUAGAUAAGUUUAAAAAGUCUUCCAAUUAUCUUAAAUAUCCGAGCUUUAAUAUAGUCUUAAAUAGAGUGCAGUGGUGCUAUUCUUAAUACAUAUUAGACCAAGAAUAAUAUUAUUGUAUGUUUAAAUAAAUUACGUUAAUAAUUAUACGAUAUAUCGAAAGAUGAAAUAUGACUUGUUUUAAAUGAAAUUUUAUGCGUUUUGCAAGAGAGCCCGGAACAUUGAAAAUUCAAUAAUUAAGACGUAAGAAAUGGUUUCUGAAACUUGUUAACUCUUAUUGUAAUACUUGAUGAAUUGUUUAAAGUGCUCUCUUGAUUUUUUCAUUUUAAAGCAAUUAAUCGAUUAAUCUUCGAUAUUUUGGAUAAAAUAUAAAUAAAAAUAUGCUUAUGUAAAAAAU